GUUCGGGAUGUUUGAGUUCCUCAGCAACCACAUGCGGGAUGCCCAGGGUCGGCUCGACAGCACGAGAGGGCUGUUGUGUGGUCUGGGCGCCGGCGUGGCGGAAGCAGUGGUGGUCGUGUGCCCCAUGGAGACUAUCAAGGUGAAGUUCAUCCAUGACCAAACUUCCCCCAAUCCCAAGUACCGAGGAUUUUUCCACGGGGUUAGGGAGAUUGUUAGGGAACAAGGGCUAAAGGGGACAUACCAAGGCCUCACAGCUACUGUACUGAAGCAGGGCUCAAACCAAGCCAUCCGAUUCUUCGUUAUGACCUCACUACGCAACUGGUACCGAGGCGAGAACCCCAACAAGCCCAUGAACCCAUUGGUCACUGGAGUCUUUGGAGCCAUUGCCGGUGCAGCUAGUGUCUUUGGGAACACACCUCUGGAUGUGAUCAAGACCAGGAUGCAGGGCCUGGAAGCACACAAAUACAAGAACACACUGGACUGUGGCUUGAAGAUCCUGAAGAAUGAGGGACCCAAGGCAUUCUACAAGGGCACUAUUCCCCGACUGGGCCGAGUCUGCCUGGAUGUGGCCAUCGUGUUCAUCAUCUACGAUGAAGUGGUGAAGCUGCUCAAUAAAGUUUGGAAGACAGACUAACCCUAGAGGGUGCGGCGGGGUGUCCCAGCUCCUCCAGACCAGACCCCCGCCAUCUUCUCUUAUGAUUCCAGUGCAGUAGUGCCAAAAGGCCCUUCCCCUUGUCCCUCAAGUUCUGUGGCCUGGUCUGUUCUUGGUGACUACCAUGUGUUCCAUAGUUCUGUGUCUGUCAUGUGGUCUGUAUGUGACACUACUAUUGUGUCUGUGUCCAGCCUGGCCAUGGCUGGGUGUCUCUAUGGCUUGUGAAUAUGUGCUCACUUCUCCAUUGCUUGCUUGUGAGCCAUGUGCUUGUUUCAUGUUCUGUGUCAUGUGACCCUGUGCCCCACUUCCUGGGGUGCCUGUGUGCCCUGGUCCAUGGCCUUGGAGCCAUGGUCAGGUCACAGUCCGGUGCCUUCCACCCCCGAUGGCAGGGGCGCCCUCCCCUGGCCUACCACAGCUGCCUCCGGGCCUCGGCCUGGCUUCACCGCAUUCCAGGGGCUAUAUGCCCCCCUGCUUCUCCCGCCAUUGGCCUUAAAUGGCCCUCGGGCCCUCCCUCUGCCCGGGACAGGGUGGCACCUGCCACUCUCAGGACCACCCUGCCAAGGAGAAUAAACCGGAUCCUGUCGCA